UCUACAAUCAUGUUGACUAUUUGAAUUACAAUCAUGAAUGAAGCUAACAACAGUAAGAAAGGAGAUUUGAAGUCAUUGUUCGGCAGACAUUAACAAGUCACUUUUAUUGUUCUAAUGUCUUCCCGUUUCCACUAUUUCCUAAUCCUACUAUAGUUGUGGCAUUGCUCGAAACAGAAUAACAAUCAAGUUGAAACACAAGGAAGCAAUGUUACUCGCUGUUGUGGCCAGUUUGAUAUAUUCAAGAGAAACAAAAUCAGAUCAGAAUACUACAAAUCUGGUAAAAGUGUGGAAUGUAUUGCAGCUUCGGAUUCUGGUUGCUGUUAGUCUCUUCUUACAAAUGCUACUCAUCUUUUUGGGAAACAGAAGGAAGUAUAUAGUUAAUAAAAGGCUAAAAUUGUUGAUAUGGUUCACCUAUUUGUCAGCUGAUUGGAUUGCUACUGUUGCGCUAGGAAUUCUUUCCAAAGACACUAAAGAUCAUAAGACAGACCCCAACUUCGUAAUUAUGGCGAUUUGGGCACCAUUUCUUCUUGUGCAUCUUGGCGGGCCUGAUACAAUCACUGCCUACUCCCUUGAAGACAACCAACUGUGGCCACGACAUAUGCUAGAAUUAAUAUACCAACUUGCAGUUGCAGUUUAUGUUGUUUACCGGUCAUGGAACAGAAAUCCCCUUAUGUAUGUCACCGUUCCUGUUGUCAUCGCAGGAAUAAUCAAAUAUGGUGAGAGGACUUGGUCGUUGAGGUUCGGUAGCAGCGAUGGAUUCAGAGAAUCUAUUCUACCUCAUCCAGAUCCAGGACCAAAUUAUGCUAAAUUCAUGGAUGAUUACACUGCUAAAAAAGACGAAGGAUAUCAUGUUACUUUAGAUGAAGUGAAUGAUACUACUCCCAUUGUGUUGGAUCAUAACUCUCAAGGGGAAACCAAAAUACCAAAUCCAAAUAUUCCAGAUGCUCAAGCUUUAAAUGAUGGAUUCAAGUUCUACAACAUUCCUGAGUGUCUAUUUGCGGAUCUCAUCUUUAGUUUUCAAGACCACAAAAGCAGCCAAAUUUUCUUUCAGAAAUCCAUGUGGAAAGAUGCUUUUAAAACAAUUGAGGUUGAGUUAGGAUUAAUAUAUGAUAUGUUAUAUACAAAGGCAGCACUAACAUAUUCCUACUGGGGCAUCAUCCUCAAAUCUUUGAGCUUUUUCUGUACAGUAUCUGCAUUCUUCACCUUUUUUAUUCUCAUCUCAAUAGGACACAAGAACAUGGAUUAUGACCUGAUUAUCACUUUUGUGCUUUUCAUCGGGGCUAUUAUUCUUGAGAUAUAUGCGGUCAUUGUUUUACUUUCUUCAAGUUGGGUAAUGAAUUGGCUGAGCAAGCAAAAGAUUAGGAGAGUGGAUCUUCUCUACAAGUUCAUCUCGUUCUGUCAAAUUUGUUUCAAACUCUCCCACACUAUCAGAUGGUCUAAUCAAAUGUCACAAUUCAACCUCAUAAGAUUCUGCUUGAAAGACGAACCAAUCAAAUGUAUUGAAGUUCAGAAAUUCUUUCGAAUCUAUAACUUUUUUGAGAAGUCUUACUACCAAAAAACAAAACAAGUCUCUGAAGGAUUGAAAGAACUCAUUUUUGACCAUCUUAGGGAUAAGUCUGCGGAAGCAAAAGAUGUUGAGUCGUGUAAAAAAUUAUGUGCUCACAAGGGUGAUCUGGUUCUUAACAAUUGGAACUGUCAUAUUCCUGACAUUAACUGGAGCAUUAAGGAGGUGGAGUUUGAUCAAAGCAUUCUGCUUUGGCAUAUUGCUACAGAUCUUUGUUAUUCUAAAGAUACAGAUUCCAACCAAAGUCGUGAAAAAAGUCAAUUGUUGUCAGAUUAUAUGUUAUAUCUUCUUGUUAUGUGUCCUUUUUUGUUGCCCAAUGGAAUAGGACAAAUAAGAUUUGAAGACACAUGUGCAGAGGUGGAUGAACUUUUGAAAGAGAGAAAAUACAUCAGAAAAAGAAGUCAUGUUUAUUUUGAGGAGAAAAGAAGUCAAGUUUGCGAGAUGAUACUUCGAGUGAAUACAGAAAUUCUACCAUCAAAAGUUAAAGGUGAUAGAAGCAAGUCUGUGCUAUUUGAUGCAUGUAGGCUUGCCAAAUCACUAGAGUCUUUAGAAACGGAGCAGAAUUGGUCCAAAGAUAGGAAAUGGGAAAUGAUAAGUCAUGUUUGGGUGGAGAUGUUGUGUCACGCAGCAAGCCAAUGUAGAGGGAUUCAUCAUGCUAAGCAACUUAGCCAGGGUGGUGAGUUGCUUACCCAUGUCUGGCUUUUGAUGGCUCAUUUAGGCAUUACAGAACAAUUCCAGAUUUCUAAAGGUCAUGUAAGGGCAAAGUUGAAGCUCUCAUAAAAUGUUUGGUGAUUAUUUUAAAAGCUCUUGUUACUUAUGUCUUUUUUGCAGUGUCGUACAUGACAGAACAUUGAAGUGUGUCUUCCAUUUUGUGUUCAACUAAUGUAAUUAAUGAUGUACCAUUGGAAUUUGGUUUAGUAUUUUGAUCCAUAUGUAAAACUUGGUUCUGCAAGCCACUGUAAAAUGAUGAAUUGUUUGUGAAUACUUUUAUUGUUUGUGUUAUGAAAAUGAAUGUUACUCUUUGUUAUUA